GAACUCCCUUUGAAGAAGACUUCUUGAGACAAACCUGAUCUCCAAUUUUGUUCUUGUCAUCUCAGCAUAGACUAAAACGGGUCCUGCAUCAUUACAAACAGCCUUGUCCGGUGCUAACACUUCAACACUCUCUUGAAGACUUCAUCGUCUACCAUUCACCCAACGUGGACUCGGCACGAAUCGUCGCUCUUUCGAAACACUUCCACGACUGGGAAAGCCAGCGUCGGUCCGCGACCACUCAUACAGAGACCAUCACCCCAUACAAUCAAGAAGAUCUGAUAAUUCGUAAUGGCUCCAACGUCGCGUUCUGAGCAACCCAUCAACCUCAACUAUAUUCCCCAGCUUGGCUCCCAACCUCGCUCAGGGACCUCGACUGGUAGCACGUCACCCACAGACCCUUCUAUUGGGAGUUCCACUCGGUUUCAAAUGAGUAGCGGGAGCAACACUAGCCUUGGCAGCACAGCUCCUAGCAUGAGAUUAGGGGCUGGCUCCCCAUCUCAUGAAUAUGGUAGUCGCUUGUUCUCCAAACGUGCUCGUGAGAUCCAAGCGCAAGAAGGUUUAGGCCCACAGAUAUGGGGUCCUCCAACCAGUGGACAUUCUACUCCUCUACGUGAGACGAUUCCAGAAUCUCCAAACACCGACAGCUUCCCAGACUUCAAUGCCACAUCAAUCUCAGAUGGCCAUGUGCCACAACCGGCUCGUCAGCGUACUCGUGCGGGAACUCUGCCAUCUCGAUUUUCGCCUGGCGGAAACAUCCCCGGGCUCUCAGCCUACCCUACACUCCCCCCUAAGACUUCUCGUCCGACACCCUCUACGAGUCCAUUUCAGCAGGGGCCAGGGACUCCCACCGAGACCUCAGUUUUCCUCCAGAAUCUAGCUCCCAACACGAAAGAUGUGAAUGCAUACUUGGCCAGACUGAGAUCAGGUUCCAUGCCUCAAAGGCCCAAUCUCAUGACAAACAAUCCGAGUCCAUUUGGGUCCGCGCUAGGUCUCAAUAUGUAUACAAGUGCACGCAAUCGUUCAAGCACUCUGCACAGCAUUCAGUCCUCGAACGCACCAACGUCUCCAGCCCAAUCUCACUUCUCCAGAGAUUCGAUGGUCGACAACGACGUGAAGACAUUAGAUUAUCUCGGCCUUGCCGAAACCCCACAGCAACUUAGGCCUACUCUAGCGCCUUCUGAUAUUGAGAUGCUUCUAGAGCAGCAACGUUCAGCUAGUGCUAAUCUUCAAAAUAGCCGUUUUCGAUCAUAUUCUGUCAACGCGAAGGAGAAGUACGCAGACGACGAGCUCGAGGAGAUGGAAUAUGGCGGUUACAGCGGACAAAUGACUCCAGCUGCCGAGGCAAUGGCCUUAAAUGAGGCAGUCAGACAGCACAACCUCGAAGUGCAAGCGUUUGCCAAUUUUGCCAGCCAAAACCGACCUCGUGCUAGGACUGCUGGCAUUUUAGACACUCCGACUCGCCUUAUGCGCAAUUACUUGCCAACUUCCUCGAGGCUCGAAAACAGCAUGAAUGCUGGUGAUUUUUCCGAAGACGUGGAAUAUACCGGUCUUGCUGAAGCUGUGCAUGGUAUGCAACUGGGUGGGAAGCCUGAGCUUGUUGGUGACGAAACCAACCUGGAAGGUCCCACUAGAGCACUUUGGCUCGGAAACAUCCCUUCAUCUACCACCGUAUCAUCUCUGAAUGUCAUCUUCAGCAAUUAUGGUUCCAUCGAAUCCACAAGGGUUCUUACGCACAAGAAUUGUGGGUUCGUCAACUUCGAGAACCUUGAGAGUGCUAUUCGAGCGAAGCAACAGCUCAAUGGGAAAGAGAUAUUCCCUGGCGCUGGUCCUGUCCGGAUUGGCUAUGCCAAGGUUCAGAGUGCAUCUGUCACACCUGGCAACAACGGUGUAUACCCAUCUCCAUCUCCUGAUCCACAGGCUCAAGGGCAAGCUGAUAAUGUUACCUCUAAUAAUGGCAAUAUCACUGUCCAAGGCCAGGUUGACCGAAUCAAUUUAGACGCAACAGCCGCUCCGCUAACGACUCCUAAGCUUCCCGAUAUUCGAGACGAUAUUAUCGACAUAGUGAAGGACCUUGGAGCGAACGACGAGGAACAGACACGAAUCGCCGUUGCAGUCGAUACAGCUAUCCAGAAUGAUGAGCAGAUCAAGGAAAUCUCUCCCGGUACAGAACCAAAUCAUAACCGUAUUCACGAUGCUCCCCGACUCCGCGAAAUACGCAAGCGAAUCGACAAUCAGUCCUGCUCUCAGCCCGAAAUCGAAGAGGUGGCCAUGAAUAUGCUGCCUGAAAUUGCCGAGCUGUCCUCCGAUUACUUGGGCAACACAGUGGUCCAGAAGCUAUUUGAGUAUUGCUCUGAGAGCACGAAAGAAGCUAUGUUGCGCGAGAUCGCACCACACCUAGCUGAAAUCGGAAUUCACAAAAAUGGCACUUGGGCGGCGCAAAAGAUCAUUGACGUCGCCCGAACUCCUGAGCUUAUGAAAAUGGUCGUCGACAGUCUUCGGAAUUACGGCGUGACGCUUUUUCUGGAUCAGUUUGGAAACUACGUCAUGCAGGGCUGCCUGAGAUACUCGUUCCCUCUCAACCAAUUCAUCUUUGAUGUUAUGCUCAGUCGUUUGUGGGAGCUUGCUCAAGGUCGUUUCGGCGCAAGAGCAAUGCGCGCUUGCCUUGAAAGUCACUAUGCCACUAAAGAUCAGCAGAGGAUGAUCGCCGCUGCUAUCGCGCUGCACAGUGUACAAUUGGCUACCAAUGCUAAUGGUGCUCUGUUAUUGACCUGGUUUCUUGAUACCUGUACUUUCCCACGACGACGGACAGUCCUCGCGCCUCGACUGGUUCCACACCUCGUACAUCUUUGCACUCACAAGGUCGCAUAUCUGACUGUUCUGAAGAUUAUCAACCAACGAAAUGAGCCUGAAGCCCGUGAUACCAUCUUGAAAGCAUUAUUCUUCUCACAAAACGAUCAAGUCUUGGAGGACAUUCUUAGCGACCAAGCAUGUGGCGCCACUUUGAUCUUCAAGGUACUGACAACACCAUUUUUUGACGAGAAGAUCCGACCGGAUGUAGUACAGAAUGUUCGUACUGUUCUCAUUCGCAUCAAAGCACAACCUGCACAAGGCUACAAGCGUUUGAUGGACGAGGUGAACCUAUCUACUCGAGGUACGCGCGAUCAUUCUGCAGCCAGGGGCGCUGAGGGCUCGCGACCCGGCUCAAGACAGGCAGAACAUGUCCAAGCACCUGGUGGGAACGACGCCAACCGCCAGUUCUUUCCGGGAAUGGCACAGAUGUCCUAUGAUACCAAUGUUGGCCUCCAGCGUACUGGCAGCAUGGACUCCAAUGGCGUCGACCAGUUCCAGAUGAAUGGGAAUCCAAUGUUUGCUCAAAAUGCAAUGCAAUCAACCCCCCAGCAACUACAAUAUCAGCAGGCUAUGCUAGCUGCUCGAGGUGGAUUCCCACAUAUGAACGGCUUCGGUGCUACUGCUCCCACUAUGGGCAAUUUUCGAGUCAAUAACGGCUUCGGAGCACCAGGCAUGCCAGCAUCGAUGGUUCAGCCCAAUGGAGGUUUCUCUCAGGCAGGAUACAACCCAAUGAUGAACCCAAUGUAUCAACAGUAUCAAAAUCCAUAUAUACAACAGCAACCCCAGCAACCUAUAGCCACUGGGCGUAGGGGACGUCGCUAAAAGCAACUCAGCUCAGCGUUCUCGUGAGCCAUACCGUAGCAUAGCUCUCACAGGAGCGCAGACUUCUUCCAUCUGUUCAUUGGCAGUAAACGAUAACCACAGAUCGAACUUAUCACUUGAGCGAGCGUAUUUCGAUCUCGUAUGUUUCCCAAGCAGAUUUCGA